AUAUCCUCCAGGGCGAUGAAAAUCAGCCGGAAAUAAGACCCGCUAAGUGGCCGGAAACGGAAGGGGGUUCAAGCAGAUGAUCUUGGAUGUAAAUCAAAUCCACCACACUGCAGAUCACUCCCGUAGCUUGACUCGGUUGUAAAAGCUGCCAAAGUAUUGAGACCCAAGCAAAUUCCUGUAAAGCGAAUAUAAAGGAAGACAGGAUUAUUGGCGAAGGGUUAAACUACUAACAGCAGCCACGGGUACGAAACCCUACGACUUGAAGCGCUUUAGGACAGUGAAGACGGAGAGAGCAAAAUGUGGCUUCAGAUCUCGUGGAUUCUCUUGAUGACUACAAUGUUGUUGUCAAAUGCUGAACUGCCGAGUGACAAUGACAAUGAAGAAGAGAACUCCAGUCCAAGGAGCAUGCCGGAUUUCUGGUUGUUUGGCGACAUUAAACUUACAGAUCAUCAAAAAGUUCUACUUGAUGUGCCUGAAGGUGCGAAGGAUAAAUUCGGUUUUCCACGAAAACCCCCAGCUGCCACACGAGAGAAAACCUUGCUUUGGGAUAAUGGAGUUAUACCGUAUGAGUUUGACUGCAGCUUGCAAAACAUGCCAGAACUGCAAAGAAUAAUCCGACUGGCUAUGAAUGACUGGGAAUCGAAAACCUGCAUCAAGUUUAUAGAAAGAACCAACGAGAAGGAUUACGUCAAUUUCUUUCGAGGAACUCAUUGUUACAGCACAGUAGGCAAGGCUCGAAAUGAACGCCGGGAAGUGUCUGUCGGAUUCGGGUGCGAGUACCAUCACGUGAUGGCACAUGAGCUAGGUCACGUGCUUGGAUUUUGGCACGAACAGAGCAGACCCGACAGAGACGAGUACGUGAAGAUAAUUUGGAAAAACGUGAACAGAGGCUGGGAACACGCAUUCCUCAAACAGACGUGGCAAGCUGUGGACUCUUUCGAUACGCCGUAUGAUUACAACAGCAUCAUGCACUACCGACUGAACGCUUUUUCGCGAUCAAGGAGAAGAAAAACAAUUAUACCCCUGAAGAAGGAUGCGCACAAAGUCCGGCCCUACAGAAAGAUAUCAAAGAUUGACGCGAUUCAGGUUAAAAGGAUGUACAAUUGUGAUGCUAAAAAUCAAAGACUUUUGAAUAAUUCAAGUCUUGAAGCUUUUAGACGAGCGAAAAGAGCCGUUGGCGAAGGAGGAUUGGUAACAAUCAGAGGAUCCAGUCUCCGCUCAAAAGAAGAGACAGAGAAAAAGAAAAAGACGACGAAAGAUCUAAACUGUAAAGAUACAAGUACAGCCUGUCCUUACUGGGCCAAGAAAGGUUACUGCGAGGCACGGCAGGACAUCAAACUCACGCAUUGCAGGUUAAGCUGUAACGCCUGUGAUGAAGCAAUUGAGGUUAAACCAUCAGAAAAACCUGACGGUGAAUGUGUAGAUAGAAAUGACGCUUGUGAACUCUGGGUAAAAAGCGGAUAUUGUGAAAGUCGACCAGACAUAAUGCGCGUGGAAUGUAGGAAAAGCUGUCGCAUCUGUACUGACGAGAAAUGUAUCGACAUGGAUCCACGUUGCCGUGCCUGGUCCAGGUGGAAAUAUUGCACCGAUAAGGCAUAUAAGAACGUUAUGAUGCAGGCGUGCAGGAGAAGCUGUGGAUUUUGCGUGGCUGAAACCCAUGACUGCAGGGAUCGUUUGAAAUAUCGCUGCAAAAGGCUAAAAGACGAAGGAUACUGCGAAUCAAAGAAACCAAACGAGCGAAACUCCAUGAGAAAUAUGUGCGCUUUGACCUGCAACUUUUGUUACAAAGAUGUAACCGUGGCAAAAACAAAACCGGCAAGAAGACCUCCUUGUGUGGACACAAUGAAAGCCUGUUUCGGCUGGUCAAGGCUUGGUUACUGUUUCGCUGACCACAGAGAGAGUUUCAUGCGAGAGUACUGCAAAAGGAGUUGUAACCUGUGUUCUAGCAUGAGUCCAGAUCACACAACUGAAAAAUGUUUAGAUAAUGACAUCAUGUGUGAAGAACUGAAGGGCCGCGGAUACUGUGAACAGGCGGACAAGAAAAAAUACAUGGCGUUUCAUUGUAAGAGAACUUGUAAACUGUGUAAUAGAAAAGAAGAGAUGCCAGCACCAUGCAAGGACAAGCAUAAAUCCUGUAACGCUUGGGCAGCAAGGGGUGACUGUCACGUUAGAGCACUGUACAUGAUGAAAUAUUGCAAACGGACCUGCAACCUCUGCCGAUCGAUCGGAUUGUACCAGAUUAAGCCCACGCUUCAAAAUUCGCCAUGCAUUGACAAGCACCCUUACUGCCCCAGAUUGACUGAAAAAGGCUAUUGCAAUCUUUUUUCUAAAUUCAUGUACAAGAAAUGCCCACUGAGCUGUGAAGCUUGUUACCCAGAGGUUGAUAAAAAAUUGGCAGAGAAAUGUAAAAAUAAGAUGGAUGAUGCUAACUGUGAGCAUUGGGCUGGACUCGGCUACUGUCAAAGUAGGGCUGACUUCAUGACUGACAAGUGUCAACAUGCCUGCAAUUCAUGCCCUAAAGAACCUGUUAAAACUCGACCAGCUAAACCUAAAGGUAUAAGGUGUCAUGACCCUUGCAAAAAAUGGCUCGAGCGAGGACAGUGCACGACUAGAUGGCGAAGACGUUGUAUUAGGACGUGUUUAACUUUAGGAUGUGACGAGGAACCCGUGAGGCCAGAAGGAACUUGUUCUGAACCCCUUGGAGUAGGAUGGGAUAACACUCUGCCAGACAGUGCCUUUAACGCAUCAUCGAGUCUCUUCACGCGUCCAUGGGACUUUGGUCCAUAUAAUGGAAGACUCUAUCUACAGGACGAUCGCAUCAGAAAGAGAAUUGGUGGCUGGUGUGCGAGACACAAGAACCAUAAUCAGUGGUUACAGGUGGAUCUUGGAAAGAUUAAGUCCGUAACAGCUGUUGCCACUCAAGGUCGAGACAAAUAUUACGAGCACGUUAAAUCCUAUGAGCUGGCAUUUAGCAAGGACGGAGUGCGAUGGAAUCGUUACAAGGAAAACGGAAGAGUUCGGGUAUUACCGGGAAACUGUGACAACUUUACCCCAGUGAUCAACAAGUUGAUCCGGCCCGUUCAGGCCAGGUUUGUCCGGUUUUAUCCCAGAACUUACAACAAUAUAUGUAUGAGAGUCGAAGUGUACGGAUGUAGCAGGCAAAAAGGUUAUGAAAUGAAGAGAGGACGUUAGGGACGCUAGCUUCCGUGUUUAAGAUGGCAAGACUGGACAACAGGGAGAAGCCACUGGAAGCUUCCGUGUUUGGACUGUGAAGCCUGGUUAACAGGAGAAGCCUCCGGAACUUUUAGUUACAUGAAGCAAGCAGUGCAAUGGGAAACGCUUCUGCUGUUAGAUAAUAGGUUUGCAGAUGGAAAAGGCGGGGAAAUUAUGCAGCCGUUUGCAGCAUUAGCUACGCUUGAAGCGCUAGUUUUGAAAGUGGCUUGGGUAAAGCAUCAAACUUCACAUUUAGGUAAUGAGUUUGAUAUGCAAAUGAUUGAAACGAUUUUGCUUAGAUAUCAUGUGUCGAACCUCGGACGACCCAUGAAAUGUUUUAGUGUUUUAGCUGAGCCUCAAACAAUAAUGGGAGUGAUUAGAGAAAAGCAACAAUCAAGAGGAUCACCUUAUUCCUCUGAUAGCAUAUAACAACCGUUGUAACUUAAGUUGUUGGGGGGGGGGGGGGGAAGGGGACAGGAAAGAUGAAUCAGGGCGUCGGCUGGGAAAUGUCAAUUUUGAGUUGAGACGGACAUCCAGUGUGCAUUCUCGCUUACGAAGCGCAAAUUUGAUACUUUUUCCAAAGUCUUUUUCGUCAACACAAUCAUUCCUCACGUUUUCCGUCUAAGGGAUAUCAGAUCGAGGUUGGCCUUCAUGAGGAGGUCUUGGAAGAAAGACUCGUUUGCUAAACCAUGUAUAGACAUCUCAAGUCGACCUGACAUUUCCCAAGGCCAGCGAUAUGAGCCUGGUUUCUUUCCUUUGUUUUCUCGUAAUGCUACUGAGUUCUUGCGUAGACUUUGUGACCCCAAGCUAUUCCUUACCUCUUCCUUACUUAACAUCCUCGUUCAACGAUAGCACCUUAACCCGCUCACUGAAAGCGAUUGAACAAAUCCUAGGUGCCUUGGAAUUCGUCCUCCACUGUUUCAGUAGCGUAAGGACACAGUUGCAUGCUUCGUUUAUUUCGUUCAGUUUCUUGGAGAUGGCCUAAAGAAACUACCGCGUUCUUGGCUCAUCUUCGAGCAGCGUCAGUUAGUUCUUUUAAACAUUUAGGGCUAAUAUUUAAAUUAUUUUAGAAAAUUGUGUAGAUGAGAUCAUAAGUUUUUUCUUAAAGUUUGCGUAAGUUUGCCGACACCCAGUGCGUUCAUAUGAACAUUGUGACGUAAAGGCAUUCAAAAAAAGCCAAAGUUUCGCGCGAUGUCCAAGCACAAGAAGUCUUGGAAACCACUUCAGUUAGAUAUUUUCAUAAAAUGUACAUAUAUAUCAUUUUAGCGAGAGAUAUUACUGAUAUUUUCACUAGUUAUUUUUUAAAAAGUCCACAAGUUUUUCUAUUCCAUUUACGUGUUUUUAUCUUUAGUGCGAAGUUUGUGAUCAAGGCUAUAGUUAAAUUGAUCAUAUAAACUUUUAUCGAAGACAAGCUUAAUUAUCAAAGACAUUUUGCGAUUGUCAGUUAUCUCAUUCGUACUUAUUCUCUCUUAAAAAAAAAAAAACUUUAAAAAAAGUUAACUUAUCUUGCAACAGUUUUUGUAUCAAGUCUGUUGUGUUGCAACGACGAUCACGUCACGUGACUGUCGGAUCACUUGACUAUUUGUGCGUCUCACACGACAAAGUCAAGAGCAAUUUUUUCUUGGAGGAAAAGUAGUUUCUUGCGGCAGUGUGAUCCAUUUUAUAAGUGCCUAUUUUAGAAUGAUUUUCUUCCCUUGGAGCAGCUCAUAAUCAUGGGCUAAAUUGUUUUCAAAUCAGGAAAGAGGUUUCGUGGAGAAAUCUGUCGCCUUCAAGUUCGAGGCUUCAAGGCAGAAAUCGCUAUGAAGAGACUAGGGAAUGGUAUAGAUGUAUAGACUUUACACUCUGUAAAUGGAAGAAGGAUAUGAAAGAAAGAGAAAUAGAUAUAUUUCAAGGAAGAACUGAUGUUUUACGAGUAUGAACGCAGUAUACUCAUCA